AUGAUAUACACAGUACCUGCGGAUAGUAUCGUGGUGCAGACUCGAGCCCGGAAGAUCAUGACUAGCGUACCUGUCGCUGCUGUCUGGCUACUAGUUCUCGCAAACCUGUUCUUUGCAGCUCUCGGAACUGGAAUCGCCAUCAUGGCUUGGAUGGUAGCGGAUCAGGACGUUCAUCAAGUAAGGACGCGGCUUGGUGUUCCCGGAUUAGCGGCUGCUCUCUUCGAGAGGAACUCCGAGAACCGCAUCGUCAAGUCUGACAAGGAGUUGUACCAGGAGAACGACAAGGACGGGCUGUCGCUGGUUCUUGUUGGAGUUCAGCAUACCGUAACUGGAGGCAUGGCGUGGUCACUUCGCGACAACCAAACUGGCCGGCUGUGUUUAGCGGACGGAGCGAAGAUGUCGACUGCUCACAUCAGUGACACCACGCACUCGAUUUCAGAAGAGACGACCGGCACUGAGAAUUUCGACCGCAUGUCCAAAAGCUCUGGUAAUGAGGCUGUGGAACAUCAGCCAAUCUCCGUCGUACCUUCAGAACUUGUCACCCAAUCUGACGCUGUCAGCCCGAUGCAACAAUCUAAUCACUGGGUGUAA